GAGAGAGAGGACGAGCACUGAGUGGAGAGCAUAGAUUUUCAUCCAAAUCUGUAUCUGUGCCGUUUUAAUCCUCAGACGCAGCUCUGCAACCCGCAGAUUGUGCGCGCGUGGGAAAACCUUUCCAAACGCGUGGUUUUUUGCAGUUCGUAUAUAUAUGUGUAAAUAUAUACAUUUUUCCUGUCUUGUCUUCGGUGGAAGUUCAUGCUGUUCUCGCACCGUCUGAGUGUUUAAUCGUUUUUCGUGCUCUCCUUGCGCUCGCCCUCGCGUGUGAAUUCCAGCAUGAGCGGCUCGCGGGGAGCGCGCGGCUCCGCGCCUUCGAAAUGGUGGGGGUUGCGCAGCCGAGCCAUGGACAGCAGCUAAACGCAGAUGGAGUUUGGGAUUUAUUGCAAAAUACGGGAAAGAUGACCGUCUUCUCUUUGUGUUUCCUCUUGUGCGCCGACCUGCUGGACUUAGCCGUGGGUUAUUUGACAGUGACCAUUGAGCAGCACCCCCCUGUGGUUGUGGGAGAGACAGCAACACUCAAGUGCAACUUCAAGACUGACGGCCGGCUGCGAGAAAUCGUCUGGUUUCGGGUUAUGGAAGGAGGCACAAAUAAGCAAAAAAUCUUCACAUAUGAUGCUAUGUUUAAUACCAAUUACUCUCAUAUGGAGGACUACCGGCGGCGCGAGGAUCUUGUGUACCAGUCAACGGUCCGGCUCCCGGAGGUGCGGAUUACAGACAAUGGGCUGUACGAAUGCCAUGUGGGCAUCUACGACCGGGCCACUAGGGAGAAGGUGGUCCUGGCGUCGGGGAACACUUAUCUCACUGUGUACGCGCCUCCUCAUUCCAUCUCCUUGGUGGCGGCGGACACCCCAGCACCAUUCAGUCGCUACCAGGUCCAGAACUUCACCCUGGUGUGCAAUGUGUCUGGAGGCAAACCUGCUCCAGUGGUGUACUUCAAACGUGAUGGAGAGCCAAUUGAGAUAUUUCACUACACCCAGCCCACUGCCGGCAGCGACGGGAGAGGCACAGCAGGCAUGCGGGGUGCCCGACCUCUGAUCAGCCGGGAUCUGGACGACACUAAACUCCAGAAAUCGCUGUCGCUCCUGGACCACAAUGGCAAGCCGGCCCGGCUGUACACGGAGAGCCCGGGGCGCAGCUACACCCCCGGCGUGCCCGGCUUUGAGGCCAGUCCGGCCACGGAAGUGAUCCCGGAGACAGUGGUGAGCCGCGAGUUCCCGCGCUGGGUCCAGAGCUCCGACCCGCUGUACUACUUCACGUCCAGGCAGGUCCCCCAGAGCGACGGCUCCGUGGAGGUACAGGCCCGCAUCACGUGGGCCCUCAACCCCCAAAUGGACAACGACGCCUUGUUCAGCUGCGAGGUCAAACAUCCUGCGCUGUCAAUGCCCAUGGUCAUGGAGGUCACGCUAGCGGCCCCCAAGGGCCCCAAGCUGCUGAUGACCCCAGCUCGGGCAAAGGUAGGGGACACGGUUCGCAUCACCGUCCAAGGAUUCCAGGUAGGAUCUCCUGGGAACGAGGUGUUCCCUGAGCCCUUGUUCACCUGGACACGUGUGGGCGGCCGCCUGCUGGACGGCAGUGACAAGCGAGACGGGAAGGAGCUCAUUCUGGAGCGGGUGCCGGCUGAGCUCAACGGUUCCAUGUACCGCUGCACAGCCCAGAAUCCUUUGGGCUCCACGGACACCCACACCCGUCUUAUCGUCUUUGAGAACCCAAGCAUGAUGAAAAAUACUCAGAACCAGAACAAUGCAGCCUCUUGUGCAGACGUGCUGGGACUGACAGUGAUGGCGCUGAUCUUCACAGUGACGGUGGAGCUGACGUGAGUCCCCAGUCCAAGGCCACUUCCCAACCCCCUCCAGCCGUCAUCAGAUGCCCAUCCCCCUCCGGUAAACACAGCCAGCCCUUAUCACCUGACCGCCCAUCCGUCUGCCAGGAAGCAGCACCUUCACCAGACGGCGUUACACUUCCUUUUUUGUAAAAAAAAAAAAAAAAGAGAAAAAAAAAAACAGAAUA